CACGAGGAGGAGGACUUGGCUGGGGCUCGGAAGCGGCUGCUCUAGGAACCUGAGUGAGCCCACAGAUCUCGGGGUGCCCAGCAGCAGGGUCCAUGGCUCGGGUGUGCCGGCUGGGCCUGCUGCUGGCCCUGGUGCUGCCCGUCGUCGGCGCCUCCAGGCCGGGCAUCGUGGUGAGACUCAACCGUGCGGUGCUGGACUAUGUGUCUGACAUCGGAAAGGCCCCUCUCCAGCGAGCCCUUCAGGUCACCGUUCCGCCCUUCUGGGACCAUAGUGGAAAGGAGCUUCAGCGCACCAGGAUCCAGAUUCCGGAUGUCCACAUAUCCCACCUCCACCUGAUGUUCAUUGCCGGCAUGGGGAUCCGGGUCUCGGCAGCCGCCAAUUUUACGUUCAGGAUCUUUCGCAGUGGCCCCGAGCCUCUGGAGCUGAAGCUGCCCGUGGAGCUGAUGGCCGACGCCCAGGUGACCCAGAGCUCCAUCCGGAGCCCGUUGGUCAGCAUCUCUACCUGCACCUCGUCCCUGGGCCAUGGUUUCCUGCUCGGUGGCCACGACAGCCCCCCAGCGCUGCUGCCACUGGAGAGGCACCUGAAAGCCGUCCUGAGGAACAAGCUGUGCCUGAGCCUCGCCAGCCUGGUGCAGGACAUCAACGUCCAUCUGGGCACGCUGAUCGGCCUCACCCCAGUGGGCCCCGAGUCCCAGAUCCAGUACUUCAUGGUGGGCCAGCCCGUAGUCACCAACGACCACAUCGCCCUGGACAUCAACGCGGUUCUCUUCCUGCUGGGCAACCCCAUCGUCCUGGCUGUGAACGCCACCCCCUUCCUGCCGCCUCAGCCCGUGGGCGCGCCGGGCGCCAUGGUCACCCUGUGCCUCUCCCAGGACCUGUUCGACUCGGCCCUGCUGCUGCUGCAGAAGGCCGGGGCCCUCAACCUGGACGUCACGGGGCAGCUGAAGUCGGAUGAAAACCCGCUCAACACCUCGUGGUUAGGCCAGUUCAUCCCCGAGGUGACCCGCCAGUUCCCCAAGCCCAUGCCCGUGGUGCUCAAAGUGCGGCUGGGCGCCACACCCGAGGCCACACUCAGCACCGGCAAUGCCACCAUGCGGCUGCAGCCCUUCGUGGAGGUCCUGGUCGCCACAUCCAACUCGGCGUUCCAGUCCCUCUUCUCGAUGGACGUGGAGGUGGACCUGAGCCUCCAACUCUCCGUGUCCAAGGUGAAGCUUCGUGGGUUUACUUCCGUGCUGGGGGAUGUGCAGAUCACCAUGGCCUCGUCCAAUGUGGGCUUCGUUGACCCAGACCAGGUGCGCUUACUCAUGGGCCCAUUGUUUAAGAAGCCCCUGCUGAACCACCUCAACGCUCUCUUGGGCCUGGGGAUCGCUCUCCCCCACAUGCUCCACCUCCAGUAUGUGCCCCCCGAGGUCUUUAUCCACGAGGGCUAUGUGGUGGUGUCCAGUGGCCUCUCCUAUGAGCGCUGAAGCGGCACCUUCUCAGGCUGGGCGCAGGCCAGCUCUCAGCUCCGGGCCUCAAGUCACAUGGGAAACCGAGGCAAAGCCGCACUGCCCAGGGACCAGCCAUGCUGUUUACUCUCCACUGCGAACUGGGUUCCCCGCACACCCUCCCCUCCCCUGCCUCUCCCUGCCUGCUCCCUCCUCCAGCCUCCCCUUCCCGGGCACUGCUCGCCUUCCCCUCAGUGUACAGACCCGGCUCCUCUCAUUAAACACC